CAGAUGAAUGCUUUUCAGAUUCAGAAGAAGUUCAAAAUCCUGAACACGAUCUUGGCAUACCUCAAAUCCGAGCACACCUUCUUCCACCAGGGCUAUGACCUGGUCACCGACCUCGAUCCCCUGAUGAAGAUGAUCUUUUCUCAGAUCGAUCAGUUGUCCCUGGAACUCGCCCUCCAGCAGAGAGAGAUGGAGCAGAAACUGCUCGCUGCUCAACUCCAGGAUAACGAGAUGGACCUGGGGACUGAGUAUUUGACCAAAGCGCCUGAGGGAAUCGUAAUCGAGGGUUACCUGUUCAUGCGGGCAUCCCGCACCUCCAAGUCCUGGAACAGGCAGUGGUUUGCUAUUCAAGGCCAUCAGUUGGUGUACCACGUACCAGCCAAGGAGGAUAUGGUCCCCCUGAUGGGUGAUUUGAGACUAUGUUCCGUUCGCAAACUGGAUGAGUUGGACAGACGCUUCUGUUUUGAGGUUUUCUCCGUUCACACGAGCUGUAUCCUUCAGGCGGACUCUGACCUUUCCCGUCACUCCUGGAUAGAGGCAAUACAGUCCACCAUCAACUCGGCGUACCGCGAUUCCCACUUGCUGGAUAACUGGGGACAGGGUCCCGAGGCUGGCGCCCUGGCGUCGGAGGGCAGAGACGCCUUCACUGAUGGCCGGAGGGUCCUGGAGCAGUCCCUGCGUGUCCCGGGCAACCAUCUCUGCUGUGACUGUGGCAGGUCCGACCCGCGAUGGGCGAGCAUCAAUCUCGGCAUCACGCUGUGCAUCGAGUGCUCUGGCAUCCAUAGGGGUCUGGGCGUCCAUCAGUCCAAAGUUCGCUCCCUGACCCUUGACACCUGGGAGCCGGAGCUGCUCAAGUUACUGUGUGCACUCGGCAAUGAUACUGUAAACCAGAUUUACGAGGCUGAGACGGAACAUUCCGGAAUGUGUAAGCCUACAGCUGAGAGUUCACGGCAGCAGAAGGAACGGUGGAUUGAAGCGAAAUACGUCCAGAAAAGAUUUCUAAAAAAGAUUCCAACUGCUGAGGAUCGAAUUCCCGAAUCCACAGAUGCCCUGUGCCCGAGUCGACGUCUGUACGCUGCUGCUGCUGUUGGUGAUCUGCCACAGAUGUGCCACGCACUGGCACACGGCGCCUGUGUCAACUGGACCAAUAGCGAGGAUUCUCAGUGCUCUCCCCUCAUCUGUGCAGCGCGAGGGGGCUCAGUGUCAGCCUGUGAAUAUCUCCUGCAGAACGGCGCCCACAUCAGCUACAGAGAUGCUACGGGACAGGGACCCAUUCACGUCGCCACCCGCGCCGCUCACACUGGCGCAGUCUGCCUGUUGUUGAAACGCGGAGCCAAUCAGUACGCCGUGGACGAGAGAGGGCAGGACCCCCUGAGUAUCGCUGUCGCUACGGCCAACGCAGACAUCGUCACUCUGCUGCGGAUGGCCCGGAUGAAUGAGGAAAUGCGGGAAGCGGAAGGAGUAUUCAGUCACACAGGUGACGAUCCCACCUUCCAGGAUAUCUUCCGUGAUUUCUCUCGGAUGGCGUCUGAUGACCCAGAGAAGCUGCGUCGGGGCCAUGUCUGAGGCUCAGCUCCCCCUCCCCUCGUCUCGUCGUCCCCCCCCUCAUCGCCAAGGACUGAGGGCCGGGUACACACACUCUCUCACGCGCACACACACACACACACUCUCUCUCUCACACACUCUCUCUCUCACACACUCUCUCUCUCACACUCUCUCUCACUCACACACUCUCUCACGCACACUCACACACACUCACACACACACACACUCUCUCUCUCACACACACUCUCUCUCUCACACACACUCUCACACUCUCACUCUCUAUCACACACUCUCUCAGACACACUCUCACACUCACACACUCUCUCUCACACACACACACUCUCUCUCACACACACUCUCUCUCUCACACUCUCACUCUCUCUCUCACACACUCUCUCAGACACACUCUCACACUCACACACUCUCUCUCACACUCUCUCUCACACACACUCUCUCUCACACACUCUCACACUCACACUCUCUCUCACUCUCUCUCUCACUCACACUCUCACACACACACACACACACACACACCCUCUCUCUCACACACACACACUCCCUCUCUCUCACACACACACACUCUCUCUCUCUCACACACACACACUCUCUCACACUCUCUCACACACACACUCUCUCUCACACACACUCUCUCUCACACACACACACUCUCUCUCACACACACACUCUCUCUCUCACACACACACUCUCUCUCUCACACACACACGCUCUCUCACACACACACUCUCUCUCUCACACACACACUCUCUCUCACACACACACACUCACUCUCACACACUCUCUCUCACACACACACUCUCUCACGCACACUGUCUCUCUCACUCACUCACUCGCAAAUGCCGUCACGCACUGAGACGUGUACGCGUGCAGACACUCUGACGCACACGCUCAGACGUACUCACUCACACGCGUACACAUCCACGCUCUGUCUCUCACAGUCACAGAGAGAGAGGGAGGGAGUGACCCCGACAGAGGGUCAGCGGAAAAGGAGAGAGAGAGAGAGAAUUGGUGACAGUGAAGGGGUGGAAGGGAGGGGAGGAGGACGCACCGUCCAUUGCUGUUGUACCACCCAAUGGGAAAAUAAACAUGGUGGCUGCGCGGUCCGGCCUCCAUUCCAUGUCACUUUUCAA